AUGAAGGUAGCUAUUGUUUUGGCAUUGAUCGGUACGGUUUUGGCUGCUCCGCCACUGCGGGCGACGCAGCAGGCUGUCCAUGACAUUGACCAGUACGCUCACAUCUUUGCCCCGGUGCGAGUUUCGGGUGAGAGGCCCCAGCACUUGGAAAUUGAGUUUGAGCCACAACACCAUGGCUCUGUGUCAGACAACCGGGAGCUGCAGCUGGAGAUCGAGAUAAAGCAGCAGCACCAAAACAACAACCAGGCUCAGGAGCACAAUCGUCCCCAGCACUUGGAGUUCGAGGUUAAACAACAGCACUCCGAGUCUUCGGCAAAUCACCUGGUUGAUUUGGAAAUCAAGCCCGUUGAGCACAAGCCACCUCAGCACUUGGAGAUCGAGUUCCACCAGCAACACCAGAACUCUGCCCAGGGACAUUUGGUUAACUUGGAAGUGAGGCCAGUGGAGCAGAAGCCUCCCCAGCAUUUCGAAGUGGAGGUCAAACAGCAACAGCAGCCAAAUCAUCAUGUUGAGUUGGAGAUCAAGCCUGUGGAACAGAAGCCACCGCAGCAGCAGCAAAAUUCAGCUUCGGGACAUCUGGUUCCUCUGGGACACCUGGUCCCUCUGGGACCCAAGCCCAUGCCAGCCGAUCGUGACCAGCAUAUCGAUCUGGAAGUGGCCCAGGAGGAGAAGCCCAUGCUGAACCAACACUUCAACCUCAACUUGCGCCAAUAGAGCGGCGGACCAUAAAAUGUAUCCUUACUACAAAAGGCAUUAAAUAUGAAUAAUUACAAA